AUGUAUGUUCAAAAACACGCUAGCGAGAUGCUUGGAAAACUAUGCUGGUUUUUCCGAGGCAAACAUCACCCAGAUAGUCGUUGGUCGUGGGUCGUGUGUAUCUCCUCAGCGGUUUGCGGUGCUAUUAACACCGGCUUUGUUCUUAGUUUCGGCGUUCUAUUCCCUGAACUGAUGGAACAUUUCGACGAGACAACCGAAACAACUGGUGAGUAUAUUAUGUUACUCGUAUUCCAAAUACACUGAAAUAUGAAAAUAAUAAUAUCCUUUCUCAUGUUAAGAAGAACUAGAACCACUACGUGGAACUUACCGGGGCCCAGUGGGACAGUGUAUUGCAUUAAUAUAGUUAACUUCUCGCACCCCUCCCCCCUCCUCUGUGGAGGCUAAUACUUACUCGGAAUUAACUUAUGCAGAAGAAAAGCAACAAAAUGGAUGAGAAAGGAGGAUGUUGUCCUAAGUUUGUUCAGUGUUAUCACAGCUAACGGUGUGUUUUAUAGUAGUGUGUUUACACUGUAAUGUCAAUUAGUGUGAUCUGUAUAAGGUUUUUUUUUUUUUUUUUUAAGUUUGAUUGAAUAAGCAAAAAUUACUGACAGUUUUGGGUUGAAUGGUAAUGACAAAGUUUACAAAGAAGUUUGUUACAGGGUUAUCACAAUUUCACAUUUUGUCAAGUACGUUAUCGUCAGGUUUAUAGUGGAGAUUUAUUAAUCACGUUUGUCUAUUGUUUUCGAAAACAUUGUGAAUUUGAAAUGAUAACAGACAUAAGACAUUUUUGAAAUAGAUCUUUGUGGUUAUGGAUUGUUGCCUUGCACUGUAAAAAAUGUCAUCCAGUGUUAGAGUGGUUUGCAGAAACCCUUCAAACAAAGUGUAAUUGUGAAAGUGCAAUAAAUUAUAAUAGUCAUGUAUUUCUAAUAGAAUACAAAAGAGCUAAUAUGUAGUAAAGCAUAAUAAGGUAAAGCGUCUUUCAAGUGUUUUUGUAAAGCAUGCUAACGUGACGCGAGAAAGAUAGUGUUUGCUAGUGUUGUCACUUAAUGUAACUUGACGUGACGUGUUUAAAUUUAUCAAGGAAUAGUUAGCUGGUUUAUCUUGGGAAAAGUGCUGCAGUCGAAUGUGGCUUUUGUUUCCUGUGUCUUUGGACAUCUUUUCUAUUGCUGUUGAAAGCUAGACGAUGAUAAGUGCGGUAUGGUCAUAUAACAACUUGUAAAGUUUUAAAUCAACGGAAAUAAAAAAGUGGCGUAUCCCGGUCUAGAUGUCGGUCCAUUGAGGUGAACAAAAAAUUUCCCGUCUGGGUGAGGGUUAGUAUUUUGCUGAUUAUAUCCGUGACACUUCUAAAUGAAGCUUACAUGAGUUAAAAACAACAAAACGGUCAAGGAGAAUUGGAAACAAGUUUGAAAAACUAAAAGAGAUGGCGGCCGAAGUAAGCGUUGACUGAUAAACGUUUAUCGUUGAAUAUCACUCAAACUAUGAAAUUUAUGCUCUAAGUGCUUGCAAAUACAUUAAGCAUUUAUCUUGGGAAAAACAUUUCUUCUAGCAUUACUCUUUGUUUUGGAAGGGACAGAUUUUUAUCGUAAAAAAUGUCGCAUAGUUAUAUACUCGGAAAAAAUUCAGACUUUUGAAGAGCUAACUUUAAUGCCUUUCGCUAUACCACUGCCUAUAUCAAUAUGAAUGAAAUGUGUCUUUUCGUCUGUUGAAUAAUGCAAUGUUUUUCUAAGGUAUUUCCUUAUCAAGAACGUAUUCUACGGAGCGUAAGAGAAACGAAAAACCAUUGUCCUCAAUAAAAUUCCAUACAUGUAUCUACAUGCUUAGGUGACCUUUUUAGGGUAAAAAUUCUUUAAAAAUGGGCAAUUAUACCAUUUUUUAGAUGUUCAAAAAUGUUAGAGGAGCAGGUAAGUAAUAAAUUUUACAGUAAAUUUUCCGAAAAUUCUAGAUCUCAAAUCGUUUUCCGGUCAGAUAUUUUCCGAAAAUUGACGUUGGGUGCUCCUGUUAAUAAUGUGUUAGGUGAUCUGACACAUUCGUUAUAUAUAUAGUUUUGAGCUGAGAUAUCGAGAAUGUGACUUUCAAACCAGACAUAUGAAGGAAUAUAUGAAAAUAUUUAAACAAAAUGAACAUUGUGUGAAUCCUUUUCUUGUUAGUUGAAACUGAGAGAUAUGUUUUUCGGUGUUUGUGUUCAAGUUUCAGUAUUUCCUCCCAAGAAUAAAUUUUUUAAACCUCUCCCUGCGAAAAACCUGGCGGGACUCUCGUUAUGCCCUGCGCCUUCCCUUAAACAGGGUUUAUACAUCACAACUAUUUUUUGUAAAUAUUUAAGUUAGAGUCUCUUCUUUUCGUUUAAGAAGUCCAACUUUGGAUUUAAUGAGACUUACGAUUUCGUAUACUACUUUAAAAACAAUUAUUAUAAAAAUACUGUGUAAAACAUAUGGAACGGUAACUGAAAUUACAAAUAGUAAUUGAUCGCUAAUACUGUUUUGAUUUAUUACCUCCUGUAGCAAUAUUUUUAUACCUGCAUUGUCCUCUAGUAUUCGCAGAAUGAUCUUUUUUGUUCUAGGUUAGAAUAUCAACAGUGAACCUGUAAUGAAGAAUCCACCUUAAUACUUGUUACUAUACUACUACUAUUAAUAAUAAUUCAACAUUUAACAAAACUUUGAAAAAAAAACAUAGAUAACUGUAAUGGCCGAAACAAAAUUACCACAAGUUCACUGGCAAUAUCAUUUUGAUUCGUUUGAUUAUGUCGUAAAUUUGUCAUCGAAAACAUGCAAAACAAUGGCUGGCGUUACUGGACCUGAUGAAAACAUUGUUGAUUUCUGACUAGUCAACAGUGAAAACAACAUUUGUAAGCUAUUCUAGCUUUGAUAGUAUUUCUUGGAAUGGAUUCAUAGCUUAUCACUCGUAUGCAGACCUUUAAGGCAUAAAACGAGUUAAGCUCAUUAUUUGAACGACUAUCUUCGUUAGCUUUCGAGUCAAACGCGUCGUAUUAAUUCACCCUAGCGGAAGAACAGAAAAUACGCCGAAUAAAAUAACGUUUGUUAAAAAGUCCCUACUGCUUUCAAUCUACUAUUGAAGCAAAAAACUCUUGCAUUGUGAUAUUGGCAUUGUUUCUAAAAAAAGAGAUACAACCCUCACACAAUUGUUUUCUUUGAUAGAUGUUACAUCUCCAAAAAUCUAAUGCGUAAAUACAACGUAUUUAUAUAUUAAUAUCUGAAACAAGUAAAGUGUCAGUGUUAUAUGUGACAGCAAAGUUCUCAAGAAAGAGUAAUUUCUCUGCCAAGGUGUUGUCAUCAAUAGAUAUUACAUCUCCAAAUAUCUUCGUUAGUACAACGUCAUCUAUCUUCAAAGACAGCUGUUGGUCAUUACGAAGUACAACAACUUUUGCAGUGACACUCUUCUCACAUGUGGUCGUUCUCAUAAUGAAGCUGCAACGUUCACAUUGGAUAACAUCUGUGCAAGUGCCUUGGAGGAUUUUCUUGUUGCAGUGUUUACACUUAAAAUGCUUCUCAAUCUUCUGCACUGAAUGUAAAUCAUCGACCUGCAACGUUUCUUCUGUUUCUGUAUCUGUGCUGUUAAUGGGAAUUUGGCACAAUGCAGGGUCAUCAAAUGGUUGAACAACUGUACGUGUCGUCGUCGAUAGCUUCUUUUUUCCUGACCAAACUCUAACUUGUAAAUUGGUAAGUGUAUACACCAAACCUGCAAAAAGAAGAAAAACUUGUUGAAAAGGCGUUGAUGCAGAUGCAGUCAAGGAAUCUUACUUAAAAUUACCUUUGAUUCAUAUACAGUCGCUCAAGAAAGUUUCGUCUUGGUACUACAGUUGUUCGGAAAAAGAAGAACUGGAUAAUACAAGUAACAAAAUUCAAAUUACAAAAAUGAGGGAAACAGUCACAGGUCAGUCCAUGUUGUGCGCUCUCUACGAUAAUAAUUUUACAUAAAGGGGGCAGGUGCGAGUUUUUUAGAGGGGCAGUCACUCAAACGAGAAUCGGGGUAAAAGUAUUAUUCCUCAAAUAUCGACGGCAUACGUUCUUUACACCUAAUAUUUAUUUGAGCGGCGAACUUAAACAUUGUGCGUACAAAAAAUUAUUUGAAUUAAGAAAAACACAUAACGGAAACUACGUUUGGAAACUGGUUAUUAAAUAUAAACUUUUAUCAACUUACCUUGUUGUACUUUGUCAAUUUGCGAUUCCCAAAGAUCUAGAGGAAUUGUAGCACUGACGUCGCCAAGUACUGCCUCCAUCAAUUUAAGUCGCUUGCGAGGACUUCCCACUUGACGUUGAUCCUUCACAUUCAAUAUCUUUCCACGUACAGUAACAACAUCCCAUUCUCUGCGUGUGUUUAGGAUGUCUAAGAUGGUGAUCAGUUCACUCUGGAGUAGAGUGGACUCGUCGUACUGAAAUGAGUACUCGCACUGUUGAGGGAUUGCAAUGUUUGUCAUAUCGUUGACGAUGAUUUUGUCCCUGUCUUCAGUGUAGGUGAAGUGUUUCAGUUUCACAGGGGUAUGAUUAUUCUGACUCUCUAGUAAUAGUGGUCUCUUGUGCGUUGAAUAGAGUAGCGCUUCUUGUGUCUCUUGGGCUGAAGUCUGCAGAACAAAGGUGCAGUAAUUCAUAGUGUUCCCUCUAUUGCGUCUUGGGUGUGAUAGGUUGUGGACGUACCCUAUCAGUGUUUCUUCCAAGAUUAAAACUUUAGCGUUGAAGCCAUCAUUUGAAGAAUCGCUUUUCCUUUUGAAAAGAAGCGUUUUCGAAGUGGUUUGAGAUUGCAACGGCGUUGGAGGAGACUCUGUCGUUUCUGGAAUAGGACUUGGCGGUGCCGGUGGAGUAGCCUUUGCCGAAGCAUUAGGUCCAGCAGCUGGCUCUGUUGUCGUAGAUUUUGGCGAUGUAGGAGUAGAUGGCGGAGUAGAUUUUGGCGAUGGUAAAGUAGGCUUCAGUUUCGAAGUAUUAGGUCCAGCAGCUUGCUCUGUUGGCGUAGAUUUUGAGGAUUUAGGAGUGGAUUUUUGCGCUGUACGAGGAGUAGAUGUCGACGUUGUAGGAUUCUUAGUAGAGUUUGGCAAUGUAGGGGUCGACAUCUUACUAUGUAAAUCUGCAAGACUCGACUGCCAAGAAUUUGUACUGUAAUCUGCAUAUGUUUUAUUUUUGCGUACCUCCUAGAAAAUAGGCACGUGCUUUGUAAAAUUUCUGAUUGGUCUAUGAUUUUACAAGGUAGAUUACAAUAGAUUAAAUGCAACAUUUUUUACGAUAGGAAUCUCGUCCCUUUUAAGUAAAUGCAAGGUUAAAAGAGUGAUGGUAGAAGAUAUUUUUUUCAAAGAUAAGUGAAACGUUUUGUUAAGCAGGUAUACAAUUUAAUCGGGUAGAAUGGUUUCUUGUUUCUCCCACGUAGAAGAUGACUUUGUUAAUAAAAAUGGCCUUGGAAAAACAUGGACGGAUUACUGCGUUGUUCACCCCCCAUUCAUGUAGUUGUAUAGACAAUGGCAUUGGAAAUGCAUUAGAGUUCACUUUUUAGAAGGCUGAAGUUUUCGCGGGUUUAUAACAAAACAGGCAAACGUCACAUUUUCCACUUAACAAUUAACUAGUGUUGUUGAACGGUUUUAUUUGUAGGGCGACAGUUGGUAGGAUAAGAAUCUGUCCCCUUUCACAGUGAAUUUACAGUGUUUAGAUAUAUUUUUCAAAGAUAAGUGAAACGUUUUGUUAAGCAGGUAUACAAUUUAAUCGGGUAGAAUGGUUUCUUGUUUCUCCUACAUAGAAGAUGACUUUGUUAAUAAAAAUGGCCUUGGAAAAACAUGGACGGAUUACUGCGUUGUUCACUCCCCAUUCAUGUAGUUGUAUAGACAAUGGCAUUGGAAAUGCAUUAGAGUUCACUUUUUAGAAGGCUGAAGUUUUCGCGGGUUUAUAACAAAACAGGCAAACGUCACAUUUUCCACUUAACAAUUAACUAGUGUUGUUGAACGGUUUUAUUUGUAGGGCGACAGUUGGUAGGAUAAGAAUCUGUCCCCUUUCACAGUGAAUUUACAGUGUUUAGAUAUAUUUUUCAAAGAUAAGUGAAACGUUUUGUUAAGCAGGUAUACAAUUUAAUCGGGUAGAAUGGUUUCUUGUUUCUCCUACGUAGAAGAUGAUUUUGUUAGUAAAAAUGGCCUUGGAAAAACAUGGACGGAUUACUGCGUUGUUCACCCCCCAUCCAUGUAGUUGUAUAGACAAUGGCAUUGGAAAUGCAUUAGAGUUCACUUUUUAGAAGGCUGAAGUUUUCGCGGGUUUAUAACAAAACAGGCAAACGUCACAUGUUACACUUAACCCUAGUGUUGUUCAACGGUUUUAUUUGUAAGGCGACAGUUGGUAGGAUAAGAAUCUGUCCCCUAUCACAGUGACUUUACAGUAUUUAGAUAUAUUUUUCAAAGAUAAGUGAAACGUUUUGUUAAGCAGGUAUACAAUUUAAUCGGGUAGAAUGGUUUCUUGUUUCUCCUACGUAGAAGAUGACUUUGUUAAUAAAAAUGGCCUUGGAAAAACAUGGACGGAUUACUGCGUUGUUCACUCCCCAUUCAUGUAGUUGUAUAGACAAUGGCAUUGGAAAUGCAUUAGAGUUCACUUUUUAGAAGGCUGAAGUUUUCGCGGGUUUAUAACAAAACAGGCAAACGUCACAUGUUACAUUUAACAAUAAACUAGUGUUGUUGAACGGUUUUAAUUGUAAGGCGACAGUUAGUAGGAUAAGAAUCUGUCCCCUUUCACAGUGAAUUUAGAGUAAUGGUAGCAGGAAUAUCAGUAUCUUUGAAAAAUAUGUUCUUAUAUUUACAAGCAUUAUGGUCGUAAAUUAUAAACCGGUCAUUUAUUUAGUGAUACUGGUUCACAUCACAUUACAUUAUGGAGAAAGUUAACUAAGUGGCAAGUUUACCACAGUAAACCGUAUGGUAAGUGUGACUGGCAUUUUUUUAGUUUGCCACUAUAAUCGCAACUCUGGUUACUUGCCAUGACUACGGCGAAAAGCGUAAACAUAACCUGUCACAUACCAUCACACUACGAAACAUGUAAUAAAAAAUGGGUUUAUCUCUCUUGUUGUAAAUUUUGAUUGGUUUGUUGACACUUUUUCGCGUUUUUUUUGGUAGAAUGCAACAUUCCUUAAAGUUUCAGUUCACUCGUGUACAGUGUUAUUAAGCGUUAUUUUUCUUAAUGCGGUUGUGAACAGAGGCAAACGAUUUUCUCAAUACAUUGCCGACUAACCAGAUCAAAAUAGACUUAAUCUAUGUAUCAAUAAGAAUCUCAGAAAAUAACUUGCAUAUUUCCCCUGUAGAGUAUUAGCUAUAGAAAAGAAGCGUGAAAAAUUAUCUUAAGUCUUCAUACUAAAGUAAAAAUGAGAAGCGACAGUCAGUAGAACAAUUUCCUUGUUUAAGAUUUAGCGCUUUCACUUGCUGUGAUUACGUAAAUUUUGCAGUGACGAAUAAAAUUUUAUUAGUUAUCUACCCAAUCUGUUGAAUUGAUAAACGGCUUUGAGCACUUACGGCACCAAAAAGUACUACUCAUACGAAAUCGUUUUCUGUAUUUUGCAAAUACAUAUAUGCAGGAAAGAAGAAGUGGGAUUGUGCUGUGUUUUUUUUUUUUAUCAGCAUUGUCUUAAUAAUGUAUGAUGUUUUUUCGCUAGUAAAUAAUAAUGAAAACGAAAUGUUACUGAUGUACCUUUAGAUCUGAAGUCUUCUGGUUAUUAAGUCUUUUGGUCUUACAUGUGACGGGAGGUUUUUCCACUUUCGAACGAUCUGAACACCGAACAGGAACUCCGCGCUUUAACUGUCAAUUAGCUAGGGAAAACUAGACUCAAUUGCAACUUGCUUGCGGGAAAGAGACGUCAGCUCUCUUGAGGUCCGGGAUCAAACCACUAUAACUGGUAUAGCAAAGGCAAACUGAACUUUGGUUCCAACAGAUUUAUUCUUGUAGACGUAGCGUAACUUAGCUUACAAAUGUAAUCGGCUAUGUAAUCGAAAAAUCAGUUCAAGCAACUUACUUGUAUAUGAUUUGAUGAAUAACCAUUUAAAACAAAAGAGUACAAUAGAUGUGUAAACAGAAAUCAUUUACAAGUAAAUGAAAAUGAAAUAAAAGAGGUAGUUAUAGCUUGUUUGCGUUGCUAUUUUUAAAAAGUCAAAGUACUGGAACAAAAGUUAGCUAACUUUGCUAGGUCAGCGAAACAGCAUUUAUGUACAAUAUUUUACAAUAUCAAUGAAAUUGCAAGGCCAGCUAGCGUGUGUUCAAACAAGAAGAAACGCCGACUACUUACUGCUGUAAACACUGUUUGCUUUUUCUAGAAUUAUUGCGUUAACGAACACUAAGUAAUCAAACGUACAAUAAAAUGGCACGAGCCGUCGAAAUGUAAAUCAAUAAAGUGUUCUUGUACAAAAUAUUAUUGCUAAAGCGAUUCGUAAAACAAAGCGAAAAGCAGCAAAGCUAUAUCAAGCGAAAACUUUGAAAGCUAAAACUUUAAAAAUCAUUAACUUCAAACGCCACUAUAAUAAAACCCUAUUGAAAUCAAAGAUUACUUAUUACUUGAAUUUACUUCCUAACAUUCCUCCGACCUUAAGUUUGAGCCGUCCUCGGCGAAGUGAAAAUGAAACACGUAAAAGUUCUGAAAACCAAUGUCUAUUCGAGGUUUUGUUCGGACAUCCAGUCGAGAUAUGCUUGGAUUUUGUCUCUGGUGGUUGCCUUAUUGUCAUGGAGUUGAAGUAACUGUUUUGCCGGUGGGCAGGAAAUGUUCUCUAAGUCCCGGACAAGAAGGGCUAAACCGAGACAAGGCAAAGACUCCACUAGUCGACCGAAUAGGCCCAUUUGGUGUCUUCCCUUCACCCAAAUGGUGAUUGUCUCGGGAACAGGCUGGUUGCCCUCAAAAACGUCCAAGAUGAACUCCUGGAGGAAGGAAAGGAGGCAGGUUUCCACUGCACACUGAGGCAGACCGGUGGAGUGGAGGUCCCAACCAUGGAGAUGUGACUGGUAUCUAUAAGUUUGGAUAGCAGUGGCGGAGCUGGUUAGUAGUGGAGUCGAAUCGAACUGGCGGAUGCGAUAGGCUUUGGUGGCCACGUCACCCAAGGCGAGGGCCUUGAAAAAGAACGGCUCGUCAGCAUGCUGAAAUCCGUCGGCCAAGGCGAUGACAGAGAGAUAGGCCAUGAUGCUAUUGUGAGUCUGUGAAACUGGGUUAAACCUUGCUUAACGUGAGCUCAAUUCGAGAUUUGUAAGUGAAUGAUCGGCAAACCCGUUAACUACGUUUAUUAUACGUUACAUCAGUAUGACAGAACUUUUAAAAGGUGCUUAUAAAUGUCCUGCUUCUUAAACAAAAGGUAAAUGAUGCAAUAUAAACAAUACUGAAGUAUCUAUAAAAUGAUCGGUAUAACAAGUGUCAUUGAUUCCGUAUCCAGUGAACAUAAUAUCAAACACACAAGGAAAUCAAUACCUUUGAAGUCAACACGAUGGCAAAUGAGUUUUGAUUUGUUCUUUUUGUAAGCUUGAUUCUUACGAUUAAAGAUUUAGCAUUAUAUGUAACUUCUAUAAACAGCAGUUUCUCUCCAAUAGCGUUGUUCUCUAAAGGCAUUUUCAUUAUCCAUUUCUUGGCAAUUUUACUGGUAACUUUCGGUGCAAGUCAUUUUCCUUAUCGUCAAUGAUUUCAAUUAAUAUAUGAACUGACAAAGCAGCUCUGCACAUUCAUUAGCUUUGAUCAUAGCACCUUUUGUACGACGUGCGACUCUAGAUGUUCUUGAGUGCUUGGCUUACUUUUUUAAUACAGAUACUUGAUUGGUCAUUUCGUUAAUUACAGCCGUAAAGUAAAGUUGGGGCAUCUUUUGCUUGUUCUCUUCAACGUCAUUGCCAAAAUAAACCUUUCGUCGUUGCUCUCUGUUAUGGUAGUUGGCCUUGUAGUUGAAAUGUUUUUACGACCAGAGCAUAUCUUCAACUGAAUAUUGGUCAACUUUUAGGAUUGGCCUUGCUUUAUCUUUGGGAUUUAUUCUUCAAUCCAUGGCCGGAGUAUAAUGAGUCUGUUGUGUCCGAUAUUGUUGAGAGUCUGUUGACCG